AUGCAAGAACGCAAGUUAAAAUCUAUUGAAAAAUCAGUAAAACAAAUUCAUAAUCCUAAUAUUAUAUUACCUAUUGUUUCCGAUUCAGAAGAAAACUAUCAGUCUCAAGAUUCAGAUUUGGAAAAUGAACAACUUGAGGAGGAUUUAGAUCUAGUAGAAAUAGAUGAAAUAAUUCAUCCCGCUACUAAUCAAGAUGCUAAGUAG